CUUCGGGCUCUGUUCGGUGGCAGCACCAGCACAGGCACAGUCGUGUCGUAGCACUUCCUCGUGUGUGCGUGUUCAGUGUAGAAAAGCAGAGAAUCGCAAGAAUGGCCACCGAAGUCGAGAACAACGCGCCGCCCGCCGAGGCGAAGGAGAUCAAGGAGGACGCGCCGGCGGCCGACGCCAAGGCCGAGGAGGCCGCCAAGCAGGAGGCGGCCGCCGCCGACGCCGCCAAGGAGAAGGAGCCGGCGCCGCCGAAGGUGCUGGUGCACAAGGCCAACUACGAUAAGGACGUGGUCUACCUGUACCAGUUCUCGCGGACGCCGCUGCUGCCGUCGCUCUCGCCCUUCUGCCUCAAAGUGGAGUCCUGGUUGCGGCUCGCCGCCAUCAAAUACGAGAACGUGGACCACAAAAUGAAAUACCGCUCAAAAAAAGGCCAACUGCCCUUCGUCGAGAUCAACGGUGAAGAGAUCGCCGACAGCACCAUCAUAAUCAAAGACCUCUCGCAGAAGUUCGGCCACGACCUGGACGCCGCCCUCAGCACCGAACAAAGGAACAUCGCCCACGCGACCAUCUCCAUGGUGGAGAACCACCUGGCGUGGAUCGUGAUGUGGUGGCGCACGAAGUACCCCGACCAGGUGCUCAAGGGGUACAAAGUGAACCUGCAGCACGCACUAGGAACGAGGAUACCCAACGGCAUCCUCAACUUCUUUUUCAAAUUCGCGUUCGGCAGGAAGUGGUUCCAGGGUACUAAGAAAGUAAAGGCCCAAGGUAUAGGAGUCCAUUCGGCGGAAGAAAUCAACGCUUUCGGGCAAGGCGAUCUCAAAGUGCUCUCCGACAUGUUAGCGGACAAACCCUUCUUUUUCGGCGAUGAACCAACAAAUCUGGAUGUAGUCGUAUUCGCACAACUAGCACAAAUUUACUUUAUCGAUAAAGAAGUUAGUUAUGCACUGCGCGACUACAUGACAGAGUCGUGUCCGAAUCUGGUCGGUCUUGUCAAUCGCAUGAAGGAGAGAUGUUUCCCGGACUGGGACGACAUCUGCACCACGCUCGACCUCAACUCACACCUGCCCAAACCGGCUCCGGAGGAGGCGAAGGACAACAAAGAGACGAUCAAGGACGAGAAGGAAGGGGACCAGGAGAAGGAGCCUGACGAUAAAGAUAUAGAAAAAGAGAAGGCCGAAGACAAAGAAAAAGAUAAGGGUAAAGAGAAAGAGACGGAAGAGAACAAAGAGAAAGAGACGAAAUGAAGAGACUGAGUCUCCGAAAGCCACUGCCGAGGCAAGUAUCCCUUUCCUUCCCCUUACUUAACCUUGGACCUUUCAUUUAUAUCUCAACUACGUGCAACCAUCUAGUUUUAAGAUUCAUCAUAAUGUAACACUUUUUAAUGAAUGAAAUUAUACUCUUGUCAACGAUUAAUUUAUGUAGUUUUUUUUUAUCUAUUAUAAAGGACAGUUUUAUCAAUAAAUAUAUUCAUUGCUAGUUAAGAAUACUUGUUUGUAUAAAUAAUUUUAGCUAGGUUUUUUAUUGUAAGCAAUUGUAUGUCUGAAAAACUUUGGGAAGCAUGACAGUCGCAUAGACAAACUCGAACAGUGACGACGUGCCGUGCUUUCAAAAGUUUAUCCAUGUUAGUGCAGUCUUAAUGUAAGAAGUAUAACCCAAUUAGUAGUGCAUUUAUUCAUUGUAUUCAUUCCACAUUUUAACAUUGCAUCACAAAAUUAACAUAGCUUGACAGUAUCUAUUGUAGAUUUUUGUAUUUUUUUAAUGGAUAUUUUUUAAGAUUACAACUAAGUAACAAAAAGCGAAUAACGAAGAUUUCUAAAUUGUAUAUGGAUUGCAGUGUAUCUCUGAUCGUGAAGCUCAAUAGAUUGACUAGCAUGUUAAAAAUAUAUUUUAGAUUUUAUUAUAAGUUUAUUUGAUCUACAACUGUGUUGUAUGCUAUAUUACGAUUUAAAUAAAUAAAUUGGUAUUUUAA